GCUUCACACAGGUGUUUUCACCCCAACCGUACAGAAACAAGUCAUGUGAGUGCCUCUCUUCAUAAUGGGACAUCCUUAGACGACAAAGUGGAUUUAAGGGCUCUAUGCCAGCGCCGUUUGCGUCACUUCAUCAACUUCAGUUGUUUAUGAAAGAACUAAAAAUGUCCUCUUUGAUUCUGAGUUGUUUGUUACUAGUUGCAGUGGUUGCUAUCUCGUCGGGAAAUGGAGUGCGGUAUACGGCCAAUUGGACAAGUAUCGACUCCCGGCCGCUACCGGUGUGGUACGACGAGGCGAAGGUCGGUAUUUUCGUUCACUGGGGGGUAUUCUCCGUGCCCGGGUACGGCCAGUUCAGUGAGUGGUUCUGGCAGUCGUGGAGAGGCGCACAUAGAGCAGACGAGGUGGAGUUUAUGAAGAAAAACUAUCCUGUGGGUUUUACAUACGCAGAUUUUGCGCACGAUUUCAAAGCGCAGUUCUUCGACCCUGAUGAGUGGGCUGAUAUAUUUGAAGCUUCUGGAGCCAAGUAUGUGGUGUUCACAUCCAAGCAUCACGAGGGCUUCUGUAACUGGCCGUCUGCAGACUCCUGGAACUGGAACUCAGUGGACACGGGACCACACAGAGACCUGGUGGGAGACCUGGCAGCUGCCGUACGCAAGAGGAAGGGACUGCACUUUGGCCUGUACCACUCCCUGUAUGAGUGGUUUCAUCCACUCUACCUGAAGGACAGAGCUUCUGGGUACAAGACCCAGGAGUUUGUCUUCCGCAAGGCACUUCCUGAGCUGGUUAACCUGGUGAUGACCUACAAGCCAGAGCUGAUCUGGUCCGAUGGGGAUUGGGAAGCUCCUGACACCUACUGGAACUCAACAGAAUUCCUGGCCUGGCUCUACAACGACAGUCCUAUCAAGGACUUUGUGGUGGUCAAUGACAGAUGGGGGAAUGGUUGUUACUGUAAACAUGGAGGCUACUACAACUGUGCAGACAGGUUCACGCCAGGCUCUCUGCCAAACCACAAGUGGGAGAAAUGCCAGUCCAUCGACAACCGCUCUUGGGGUUACCGAAGAAACAUGAAACUCUUCGAGCUGAUGGACCUGCCCACCAUCAUAACGGACAUGGUGUAUGUGGUGGCCCUGGGGGGUAACUACCUGCUGAACAUCGGCCCCAUGGAGGAUGGCAUGAUCCCCCCAGUGUUUGAGGAGAGGCUGAGGGGCAUGGGGGCCUGGCUGGGGGUCAACGGAGAGGCCAUCUACUCCUCCAAACCCUGGAGGCUCCAGGGGGAGAACUCCACCGUGCCAGUCUGGUACACCUCAAAGAACAACACGGUCUAUGCCAUACUACUGGAAUGGCCUUCCAAACUUCUGUUUGACCUCGCAGCACCCAAAACCUCUAAGGCCACUAAUGUCACUAUACUGGACGACCCGUCCGUACCUCUGAAGUGGGUAGCAACGGCACCGACCGGACUGGUGGUUCUCAUGCCUGACAUCAUGCCAGUUUCCCCGGGACAAGGCUGGGUCCUGAAACUAGAGGGAGUGGUGUGAGAGGCGGUGUACAUAAAAGCAGUUUUUAAUUAUUAUACAUUAAGAUAUUAUGACUGUGUUUAAUGUUUUUAAAAUGUAAGUUUCAGGGGUUUGAAAUGUGUUUUUUUUUUUUUUUUGGACUCUGACACUGGUUGAAUUGUGUGAGUCAGCUGAAGCCGAGCUAUCUUGAAUGUGCAAUAGACAGCGGCUCUGCAGUAUCUCUAUCAACAAUGGCCUCUUUUUUUUAAAUUAAAGAUAAGAAAACCAAACAUUUUUGGUUAUAUCCUUAACAGCUACUUGAGGUAAAUAUGAAGGAGACGCAUUAUGUUCAGCAAUAAGGAUCAAAAAACAAAGAUAGUUAUUUGUUUUCUGGGUUUGGUAGAAAUGUGCAACAGGGUGCACAAAGGGAACGUACAACACUUUUCAUGACAAUCUCUCUGUUGUAGGCUACGUGUCUUUUCUUUAGGAGUGUCUGUGGACAACCUUUAUUUUGUGUUAAACUGACAUGACAAUUACACUGUCAUUUUAUAGGCUACGUGAAUGAAUGUAAAUGUGUUUUUAAUUGUUUUGAAUUACCAGUAUGUCUUUAAAACAUUUUUUUAAUGCUGUUUCUUCUGUAGAUUGACAUUGGAGUUUGUCCUUGUAGCUACAAUUUUAUUUUAACUCUCGCCCUUAUCUGAUUUUAUUAUCACAAUAAAAAGGUAGAUCAAU